AUGACCACAAGUGGUACAUUGGCGGAAUUUGCCUGGACGGCUCUCUUGACAGCAUGCACCAACUGGUCAUGGACCUUCGUUAUAUCCAGUGCUAUUGUACUUUGGACAUCCUACGUACUGGUGCAUGAGUUAUUGGUGUCGCCGCUGGCGAAGUAUCCUGGCCCCAAACUAUGGGCUCUCUCGAAUCUUCCAUCCCAGAUUAGCUUGAUGAGAGGGCAUCACCACCUCAAAAUGCUUGCUCUCCACAAUCACUAUGGACCCAUAGUUAGGACUGGACCGACAACUCUGUCUUUCAACACUGCAAAGGGGUUCCGGGAUAUCUAUGGUUUCCGCCCGGGUGUACCGCAGUUCCCCAAAGACCCUAAAGUCUACGGCUCUUCGCUGAUGCCCACCCGCGAUGCAGUUGGUGGGUUCCUCAGCAAUGAAGCUCAUAGUAGACAGCGACGACUAUUGGCGCACGGUUUCUCCGACCGAUCGAUUCGCGACUUGGAGCCGCGUAUCAUCAUUUUCAUGGAUCUUUUCAUUUCUCGCCUGCGUGACCAGGCGCGCCAGCACAAAAAUGUGAAUAUUAAGGCAUGGUUGGAGUUCGCUGCCUUUGACAUUACCGGGGAUCUUAUGUUUGGCGAAACAUUUGACUGCCUCCGUGAUAGCCAGCUGCAUCCGUGGAUCGAGUUUAUCUUUAGCAGUAUCAUGGGAACCACCAUCCUCAGUGCGAUACGCCAUUUUCCCAUACUCGCUAUGUUACAAGAGAUUUGCACCCCUUCUUGGUUCAGACAACAGUUGAUGCAAAACUUCAAGCUUAGUGCGGAAAAGGCUGAGAGGCGAAUAGCGCAAGGAAUAGCCCGGGCGGAUUUCAUGUCGGCCAUGCUGAAGAACGGGAUAGCCGAUGCCAGCAGCUCGCCGCAAUCAAUGCUAGGAGAGAAGCCUAUUAUUCAAAUGUCUCGUCAUGAGAUUCAUGCUAAUUCAACUUUCAUUAUUCUUGCAGGGAGCGAGACCACCGCCACGGCCCUUUCCGGCUGUAUCUACUACCUCUGCACCAACCCUUCUGCACUGAAAAGAUUAAUCGAUGAUGUGCGAGAAGAAUUUUCAAAUGAUGUGGAGAUAACCAAUGCCAAAUGCGCCAACCUGCCCUUCGUGGAUGCUGUUAUAGAUGAGGGAUUGCGACUAUAUUCCCCCAUGGCGGCCCAUCUACCCCGCGUUGUCCCUUCGGGAGGUGCAACGGUUGCCGGUAAUUUCCUUCCUGAAGAUACCAAUGUUCACGUUCCGCACUAUGCAUCGUAUAUGAGCGAAUCGAACUUUUUCCGUGCCAAAGAGUUCCUCCCGGAACGAUGGCUGCAAUCCGAUCCCCAAUUUGAAGCGGAUCAAAGAGAUACCUUGCAGCCAUUCUCUUUGGGCGCCCGAAAUUGCUUGGGGAAAAGUCUGGCAUACCUGGAGAUGCGUCUCACAAUUGUGAAACUAGUCUUCAAUUUUGAUCUGGAGUUAUGCCCAGAGAGUAAGAAAUGGAGUGAUCAGCACUCAUACUUUAUCUGGCAUAAGCCGGCUUUGAUGGUGCGGCUAAUAGAUAGGUUUGCUGAGUAG